AUCUCUUUCUUCUUCAAGAUAUCGCAAUUCGCUUUCUCUCUCUCUUUAAGAUUCUCUAUUUGUUCAGCUUCAGCAGCAGAUCAACAGAAAACAAUCGAUGGCGGCUAACCCAGAUGAGGAAUCAUCGCUCACCGAGCAACUGGCAAGUACGAGAAGCAGGGAAUUGUCUCUGCUACUGCCCCUAAUUCUGGGUUUAGCUGGUUCUCCGAGAAGAGAAUCCGAUAAUACUGAUUCAGAUCAAGAAACAGGUGCAAGGAGUGUGGAUCGUAUAAUUCUAAUAAACCCUAUCACUCAGGGUACGAUCGUGAUCGAAGGAGGUAGGAAUUUGGAAUCUCUGCUUCGAGAUUCCUUGAGCAAAGAAGGGCUUCCUCCGGCAUCCAAGGCUUCAAUCGAGGCGAUGCCCAAGAUGGAAAUUACCCAAGAGGAUUUGGAUAAGGAGUGUUCGAUCUGUUUGGAAGGUUGGGAGAUUGGUGAGGAGGCAAGGGAGAUGCCCUGUAAGCAUAGAUUUCAUUCAAGUUGUAUAGAGAAAUGGUUAGGGAUGCAUGGGUCUUGUCCUCUUUGCAGGUUUAAGAUGCCGACGAAUGAAGAGGAGUAUAGGAAGAGGGGCAGUGGUGAUGGUGAUGGUGAUGGUGAUGGUGAAGAUGAACAAAGGAGAGAGAGGAGAGGUGAGAGGAGGGAGAUUUGGGUAACUUUCUCCUUUUCUAAUAAUAACAGAGGCGGUAACAGGAAUUCAACUAAUCCUGCAACUGAGUCAUCUGAUCCUUCAGAUUCUUCUUCUCUAAACCCUUCUGUCACUGACCAUGAAACAUCAAACAAUUCCAACCAUGAGGAUCAUUAAUUAAGCAGCUAUCUUGGUUUCUUU